AUGUUGAUACCUAACGUCACUUGGCUGGACUUAUGCCUUGCUGGCAUCGGAGCAUACCUGGUCAAGCAGGUGUUGAACAAGAAUCUUACACCAUAUCCUCCCGGCCCCCGUGGGUGGCCUCUCGUUGGGAACAUCCAAGACAUACCUCAAAUCAAGCCUUGGCUCACCUUUGCGGAGUGGGGAAAGAAGUAUGGUGCUAUCUCGCAUGUUGAGAUCCUGGUCAAGAGUGCGGUGGACAUGUUAGACAAGAAAGGUGCUGUUUACUCUGACCGUCCUGUUCUACCUAUGGGUGGCGAACUUGUUGGCUGGAAAUCCACUUUGGUUCUUCUUCCGUAUGGUGACCUCUGUCGCCAGCAGCGCAAGAACAUACACCAAACCAUGGGCAAUCGCGCCACCUUGGAAAUCUACCACCCAAUCGAGGAGAUUGAAUUUCACCGAUUCCUGAAGCGUGUGUUUUUGAACCCCGAGCAACUGCAAGCUCAUAUUCAACACACCGCUGGUGCUAUCAUUCUGCGAAUCUCUCACGGUUAUGAGGUGAAGGAGAAUAACGAUCCAUUUAUCGACCUCGUGGACCGCGCCAUGGACCAAUUCUUGCGGUGUACUACUCCCGGCGCGUUCAUGGUUGACAUCAUGCCAUCAUUGGCCAACGUCCCCGAGUGGUUCCCCGGUGCUGGCUUUAAACGCUUAGCGCGUGAAUGGUCCAAGACUCGCGAGGAUAUGGCUGCCAUACCCUACAAGUUCGUUAAAGAUCAGAUGGCUGCUGGCACUGCCCUGACGUCUUUCACCUCGAAUUUGUUGGUGGGCCGUUCUUUAUCUGCGGAAGAGGAUGACAUGGUGAUGUGGUCUGCUGCAACCCUAUACGCUGCUGGUUCCGAGACGACAGUUUCUACAAUCUACUCAUUUUUCCUUGCUAUGACACUGUUCCCUGAUGUGCAGAAGAAGGCCCAGGCUGAAAUAGACGCCGUUGUUGGUCCUGAUCGUCUUCCCUCCUUCGCGAUCGCGACUCUCUUCCUUAUACUGAGGCCCUUGUGA